AUGGAUGCUGAGUACAGCAUGGGUCUAUCUCACCAAAAUCUCGGUGCGAGUAACUACACCUGGAUCAACCACCACGAUAUCCCACCCCACGUUCCUGGCAUUGAUUCCCCGAAUAUGGGCCCCAUGGGAGAGAUCAAGGACGAGUACGUUGAUGAAGACAAGUCGGAGUGGAAAACCAUCCGACAGUCACCUAUUAAGGAAGAGCUCUAUUACUCUGGCAUGCUUCCAAUGCAAAACCUACCACCCUCUCCGCCAUCAACAUCGACAGACUCGUCGUAUCCUUCGCCGGAAUCUGGCCAUGCUCCUAGCCCUGAAAGAACAGGUUCAGGCAUGAACAACGGAGAUACCAAAGAGCGCGCUGGAAAUCUUCCAUACUCCAUUCUUAUCUACCGGGCUUUGAAGAGUGCCGAUGGGAACAAGCUCUCCUUGCAAGGCAUCUAUCGAUGGUUCGAAAUCAACACCGAUAAAGCGAAAGAUCCAAACCAUAAGGGCUGGCAGAACAGCAUCCGGCACAACCUCUCCAUGAAUGCAGGAUUCGAGGCCGUGAAAGAAGAAAUGGGACCAGGCCAAAAAACAGUUAAUUUCUGGCGUCUUACGCCAGCAGCCAUUCAGGAUGGUGGCAUCCAAUCAACUACCAGAUACCGCAAGGGCUCGGCCAAGGCAACCGGCCCGCGAACCUACAGGAUCCGAUGGGGGCACCCUCCCAAGAAGAUCAAGACCAGCCAUGCAGUCAACCACUCAAGCUCCCACAUCUCCCACAUUCCCCACAUCUCCCACAUCCAACAAUACCCUCAAGGAUAUCUCCCUACAGAGCUUCCACCGAUGGCUUUUUUGCCUCACACAUUUCCAUCGGGUCUCCCUCCUGUCAACCACCCCAUGCCCCGAUUUGGUUUGGGUCCUGUGAGCGGCUGCACUGCCCAGUUCCCUGGGAACAAUGGUGUGGUUCUCGAUUACCCCGAAAUGGGGCCAGACUACGGGCCAACAUAUCCCAUUGGCCCAACUUGGUAUGCAUCGUCAACACUUCCAAAUGAUAGGGCCAUUGCCGGCUCCAACGUCCCAGCUGGCCCCGUGCUGGAUUACAAAGAUCAAUGA